UGACGUCAGUUAAUGCGGUAGAGACAGCGGAGGAACGCGCGGACGGGAAAAGCACCCUGAACUAAUCAACCCUGACACUAAAACUUAGCUUGAAACCUGGGUUCGAGGCAAUCGGAAGAGAGCCCGAAGCCGCAGAACACCAUGGGAAACGCGGAGGGAGGAUGUGGCGCUGGGAGCGGCGACGAGGAGGACGUAGAAACGGAGAGUCCCGUGUUCGCUGAGGGCAGCCCGGCCUCCGCGGCCACAGGCAACAGGGCCGGCAGCGGAGGUGGUGGUGGUGGCGGCGGCGGCGGAGGUGGUGGAGAAGGAGUCGCGGCAGGCUCCGGUCCGGGGAGAAGCGGAAGAGGUUCUGCGAACCCGCCGGCCCCGAGCUAUGGACUCCCCACUCCUGCAGCUCUGCUGGAGCAGGUGAAGCUGCGAGAGGCAGCGGCCCGUAUGAGCGACUCAUGGGUCGCCAUUUCGGAGUCGGUGCUGGCGCGCAACGAGAGCGCUCUGGUGCGCUGGCUGGAGGAGCGGCUAAGCCGCGGAGAGGAGUCCGUCACACUGGAGCAGUUCUGUGAGAUGCUGGAGAGCAGAGACGCGCCCAGAGAUGAGUGCGAGGAGGUGAUGAGACAUGUCACUCAGAUGAGCAAUGACCUGCUAGAUCUAGACAUCCAGUACAGAGCGGAGCUCAAUCAUGACCCAGAUGUGGAUAAAGUUAAGGUGGUCACCCAGUGCUACAGCUUCAUCGAGGCUUCAUCCAAUAGUGCAGAUAUCAACAAGAUGACCAAUGGUGAGACAGUGUCUUUCUGGCAGUCGGACGGUAGUGCUCGCUCACACUGGAUAAGGUUAAAACUGAAGCCAGACAUAGUUUUGAGACGGCUGGCCAUUGCGGUAGCAUCUAAUGACCACAGCUACAUGCCACAGCUGGUGUCUAUAGCUGUAGGAAAGAACCGGCGCUCCCUGCAGGAGAUCAGAGAUGUGAGGAUCCCCAGUAACGUCACGGGUUACGUACCGCUACUGGAUAACGCCAACAUCAGCCAUCCUUUUAUUCAGAUAAACAUCAAGCGCUGCCUCAGCGAUGGCUGUGACACACGUAUUCAUGGUCUGAAGACAAUGGGCUACCAGAUCACCAAGAGUAAAGAGGUUUCGGUAUCCGACGCCUCGGCUAUAUGGUAUCUGUCUCUCCUCACGUCGCUCGUCACCGCUUCCAUGGAAACCAAUCCUGUGCUUGCACAGACCGUCCUACAGAGCACACAGAAAGCCUUACAGCACAUGCCGCCCCUGUCCUUAACACCGUCUUCAAUGGAGUUUCCCAAAUUCCUCUCUCCAAACAUUCUGGAAGAGGUGGACGGCUUUUUACUGCGCAUAGCAGACUGCUGUGUCUCUCCUGAGGCUGAGCUGACUCUGUUAGCGUUUGCUCUGGCUCGAGGCAGCGUGGCUAAAGUCCUCAUCUCUCUGUCUGGUAUCUGUGAGCAUCUGGACUCAGAGUACAGAGCUUCCUCACUGCUGGCCUCUAUGGCAUCGGUCCGGUUAAGACUACUCUACCGUAACGGUAAAUCUAUCCAGCUCCAUCUGCAGGCAUGUGAUGUGAAGAGCAAAGAGGAGAAGUCUGGCCCAGAAAACAUGCUAACGGAGCCAAAUACUGGAGAUGGUUUUCUGACAGAGAAUGGAAAGAGGAAAGCCAGUGUGAUUCUCUCCACUGAAAACCAGAGCUGCUUCCAGGUCACACAGAUCAAGAUAAAAGUGCGUAAAGGAGCUAUUGGUGCUAAAUGUGGCUUGAUGUUUGCCUACAAUGACAGCGAGGCAUUUGAUGCAGAUAAACACUUCAAAAGAUUCAAAAAGUACGACAGCUGGGACUACAAAGACUAUAAAGACUUUGUCCAAGACAGCACAAGGAUGCCAGAGACCAGUGAGGAUGAGCCCAUUGGCUGGUUUGAGGUGGAAGAGGACUGGAACGACAUGGAGAUCAAGCUGCAACAAUGCAGAGUGUCAAAAUUUUUGAUGGUGAAGUUCCUGUGUGCAAGGCAGGACACGGCAGAGCGGUUGGGGGUUCAGCAGAUGAGUUUCAGUGGUUAUUUAUGUCCAGACUCAGAGCGGAUGGAGGAUGUGGAGGAUCUGAGUGCUCAGGCCGAGGGGAGCGUUUCAGGCCUGGUUACGGGUCUCACACUCAUAAAGAAAACCCUUUAUUUUAUCCAGCAGCUCACAAGAGAUAUGGAUGUGUCUUUGUCCAAGCAGAAGUCCCUGCUGGACUUCAGCGACCUCAGCCUGCAGCUGUUCUGGGACUUCUACCGCAAACUCAGAUCUAUUGAGGGAGAGGAGGCCGUAAAGACAAGAGUUCUCCUGCUUCAGCUGUUCCAGAACUGCUUCCCAAUGCUGCCCAGCCUGACAGAGUCCCAGUUGUCAGACAUCACAGCCUCAGCUUCAGCAUCAGCAUCACCCUCAGCCAGCACAGACGUGGGCCCUGCAGAAACCAUCGGAGAGCUCUACAGUCACUUGUGUCAAGUGGUGGACGGCCCUAAAGGAGAGACUGCAGUGGAGAAAGCUCUGAGAAAAGAAGCUGUAAAAGCCAUCCUCAAUGGAGCCGCCAUUUUCUUCCCUGACAAACAGAGCCGGAGGGACAAACUCUUCCACAUGAUGAAAAACAUAACUGAGGAAAAUCAGCCAGAAUCUGUGAAACUGACAUUUGAGUCUCUCUGCAGUUACUUCAGUGAUCAGGACCCGAAAGGUCUCCUCUUGCUGCCUCCUAAAGGAUCCCCAUCUGACUUUGACAUCUCACCUGUCCUGACCGUCAUGGACACGCUGCUCAUUGUGGCCACUAGAGAGUGUGAGGUGUUGAUGUUGGAUUCCAAAGGAGGGUCUAUUUGGAGAGUCCUACUGUCUCUCUUCUGGGCUUUACAGGGCAGCCUGCUGUCCUGGUGCUUCCUGCAGCUCAAAGGAGGAAUGGCCACCUCUGCUGAUCUGGCCAGGGAAAUCCUGAUUAAAUAUGUGGAACAGUUCCUGUCAGGUACCAGAGACAUACUGAGUCUUCUUAUCAAGCGCUUUUCUGGGGUUGACAUCAUGGAGAAACUCAGUGGAUCUAUCCUCGCCAUGGCAACAAGACAGCUGACAAUCUUCCUGCUGGAGCUGUGCGCCCUGGAUAUUCCUCACUGUGUGCUGCUCAAGAGAUACUACCCUCUGGCAGACCUCCUCAAGAAGCUGUCUAGUGACACAGAGGACAUCUUCUCUAAGGUUGAUAUGGAGGGCUGUCAGCAGACUCAGCAGCCUGUUGUUUUAAGGACGUGGCAUAUGGAGUCGCCUCAUAACUAUGAGAACAGUAGACACGAGACCACCGUCUUUGUCUGUCCUGGUGCCACGUCAUUCGAGGUGGAGUUUGAUGAACGUUGCGAAACAGAGAAAAGGUACGACUAUCUGGAAUUCACUGAUGCUAGGGGAGGAAAAGUGCGGUAUGAUAUGAAGGUUGGCACGGAGAAAUGGCCAAAGAAAGUGACGUUUAAAGCGGGUCCCCAGCUGCAGUUUCUGUUCCACUCAGACAGCAGUAAUAAUGAAUGGGGUUACAAGUUCACAGUGACAGCAUAUGGCCUGCCAGACAUCACCGUGUCCUGGACCUCAGACCUGCAGCUCCUCGUGUCCAGGCUAAUGGGCCGUCUGGCCUCCCGCACCAUGGCUUUGAAAUCACCUUAUGAGCUCCGUGGUGUAAAAGAGUUACCUGCAAGCUUGAUGAACCAUGUCCUGUCCUGUCCUCUAUGGAAGCCUAUGUUCAGACAUGGUUUGAGUGGACUUCCUGGAGAAAAAAAGUUGGCACUGGACAGCUCGGACACCAACCAGGAAGAGCCAGCUCCUUUGGGAGAUGAAUUGGUGGAAUUCCUUAAGGACUUUGCCUGCUGGGAUCCUUCGCAGGAUGCUUCUGAUGGCAGGACGGAGCUCAUGAGGGCCCUUUUUUUGACCUGCAAGAAGCAACCAAUCAGGAACGAGAUUGCUGCAGGUUCAAAAGUGGACCAGGCUGUGAACGCCACCUGGGCGGCCAUGGUGUAUCACACAAAAGCAUUUCACCACAGUCUUAAGAGCUUUGUUGCUAAAAACGGCCAGAGCAGUCUUAGUGAGGACCUUCUGCAGGUCUACGCCCUCGCCGAUGGCAUCAGAACAUGGAUGUUGGAAAUGAAACAGCGCUACCUUAUGGGUAAAAUGAAUGGAGUAGGGGAAACAAAGGACGGACAGAAUGAGCUCACAAUGGAGUCACUUGCUGAAAUUUGCAUCAGUAGAAGUUUGUUCCUAUUCCGAUUCUGCCCGAGUGGAGGAACCUUUUCACUUCCGGAACAAGAGCAUUCCAGACCAGAAGAUGGCGCUUGUGCUGCUCCUCUUCUUCGAUCUGUUUCCACCUCAGAGGGAGACUUCCAGCCCAGCCCCUCUGCUCCCUCCAUCUCCCAGACUUCUGAGGGAGCAGAAGCAGCGACGACCCCAGGGGCCAGUCAGCAUGACCAGACGUUCUCUGCACCAGUAGAUGCUGGACCUUCCAGCAGCAUCAGUUCUCAGGGUGCCACAGGCUCCUCAGAAAGUCUUCAGUCCCAAACAGGAGAGCCUCUGUCCCCGUUAGUCUUCCCACGUAAAGCACCUUUCAGUCGGGGACGCCUGAGGCUCCUUUCCUUACGAUCUAUGGAGGAGCCUCGCAUGGCACCACCUGUUAAAGAGCGCUUCCCGAUCCUCAAACACAUCCUCAGCUUUAUGAAGGACAUGGUCAUUAAUGAGAGCAGUGUUCUUCAUACUCUGGCUCUGAAAAAGGCGCAGGCUCUGAGUGUGUGUGAGGUGCUGGAGCUCGUGCAGCAGUGUAUACUCACCCUGGGGAAACCACACUUCUUCCAGGCACCCUGUAUUUUGUUUCUCCAGGAACUUUUGGCGUGUCAGAAAGAUUUCACCAAUUACUUUUCUCAGUUGGCGGGCAGUGGGCAGGAGAUGAGGGAGCUGGUCAGGCACUCGUAUCAUCUGCUUGUUCUCAUGCUAGUAGAGGCCGUGCAGGGCUUCAAUGCACUGAACGAGAAGGUCCUGCUGCCUGCCCUGUCAUGCGUGCAGACAUGUCUGCUGCAUUUGCUGGAUAUGAGCUGGGAAUCAGAAGAUUUGUCACUGUUUCUGGACAUCAAACUGCCUGAUCUUCUGCUCACCAUGUCCCAAGAAAACAUCAGUGUGCACGAUAUUGCCAUCAGUCAGUGGACGGAGGAGGAUGAGAUCGCUGACUACGAGAGGAACUGUGAAUGGAUGGAUGAGUGUUUGGAUGGCAUGUUUGAGAAAUGGUUUGACAAGAUCAGCCAGGCCUCAGUGGAGGACAAGAGAAAGAUGCACAUGUUCAUUGCACGCUACUGCGACCUGCUGAAUGUGGAGAUUUCAUGUGACGGCUGCGAGCGGAUCGCACCAUGGCAUCGCUACCGGUGCCUGCAGUGCACAGACAUGGACCUGUGCAAGACCUGCUUCCUCAGUGGUGCUAAACCAGAAGGCCAUGAGGAUGACCAUGAGAUGGUAAACAUGGAGUAUGCUUGUGACCACUGCCAGGGCCUUAUCGUGGGCAGCAGGAUUAACUGUAAUGUCUGUGAGGACUUCGAUCUCUGCUUUGGUUGUUACAAUGCCAAAAAAUACCCAGACAGCCAUCUGCCCACCCACCGUAUCACAGUGUACCCUAUGGUCACCAUCCGCAUCAGUGACCGCCACAGACUCAUUCAGCCCUACAUACAUAACUACUCCUGGCUUCUUUUUGCCGCACUCGCCCUGUUUACAUCCGAGCUGGUCAGCGAGAGAGCGCAGGAUGGAGAUCCUCUGGAUGAUGUCACCCUCGGUUACGCCAGGGCUCUGCAGACCCACUGCUCUGACAUCAUCAAUGAGUGUCUGCUGAAGGGACAGACUGGGAAAGGUUUGCGAGCCUCUGCCCUGCUGUCCCUGCUUUCUUCAAAUGAAUCGGCCACAGUGAGUGAACUGUGUCCUGCGACGGCUGGCUCUUUUCAGGACAUCAGCAGCACAGACACCUCCUCACUUCCCAGCAGCACUACAGCUAUCUGCUCCCCACCGUUACCUAGAGACAAAAAACCACAAAAGCAGGGGCUGGAUACAGAAGGGGAUGAGAGGAGGAGGAGGAAGCUCGUCUCUCAGGAUACGUCCAGUGCAAGCCAGACACCCUCUGUGUCUAGUGAAGACACUCUGUCCCUUGGAGUCAGAGUUUCAGUGUCAAGUGGAGACACUGUCACAUCUCCUACCUCAGAGAACAUGGACGCUUAUAAAGACCAGGAGGAAAAGACAGCCCGGGGGCCGUUACAAGAACAUGUGUUUGCCGAAUGCUCCAGAGAGAGAAUUCUGGGAUUGUUGGCAGCCAUGUUGCCUGCAACCAAACAGGGCAGCUCGCUAUCUUUGUCCAGCCUGAGUCCCAUCCUGCCACUGCUGUUUAGAGUGGUCAUCUCGAACGCCGGCUGUCUGAAUGAAACAUACCACCUGACACUAGGCCUUCUGGGACAGCUUCUGUUAAGAAUCUCUCCUGCAGAGGCUGAUGCAGCUGUGGCAGAGGCACUGACAGACAAAUUUGAGUUGCUUACCCUCAGAGAUGGAGCAGCACUUGAUGUUCCUGGCUGGAAGACCACUCAAUUGCUCUUCAGUCUGGGAGCAGUGUGUUUGGACAGUCGUAUCGGUCUGGAUUGGGCGUGCUCUGUGGCGGACAUCUUGCGAAAUCUGAAUGUUUCUUCUCAAUGGUGUGCUGUUGUGGCAAAUUUCACUGAUCACUGCAUCCAGCAGUUACCACAGCAACUCAAGAGGACCAACCUCUUCACUUUGCUGGUGCUCGUGGGAUUCCCUGAGGUGCUAUGUAUGGGGACUCAGGCUGUCUUCAUCGACAACGCCAAUGAGCGACACAACAUGAUUCUGCUCAAACACUUCACAGAGAAGAACAGAGCUGCUGUGGUGGAUGUCAAGACUCGUAAGAGGAGAACAGUGAAAGACUACCAGUUAGUCCAGGCACAUGAGAGCAGCAGCAGGAAUGAUGCGGAGUCUCAUGAGGGACGAGCUGUGUCUCCGACCUCCGCUCACCUGAGCCGCUACCUGAAGAACUUCACCUCCGUUGUGAGUCACCUGCUGCAGGUUGGGGUGGAGAGCAGUGCCCAAGAUGCUGUGGAGGCCACCUGGGUGCUCUCUCUUGCUCUUAAAGGACUCUACAACACUCUCAAGAAGCAUGGGGUGGAUCAAGCCCAGGAGGCCAUCCAAGGCUCUGGCCUGAUGCAGCUCUUGGUCCGUAAGUGCAGCAAGGGCACAGGCUUCAGCAAGAUGUGGCUUUUGCGAGACCUAGAGAUCCUCUCGAUCAUGCUUUAUUCCUCCAAGCGAGAGAUCCACUCCAUGGCAGAGGAUGCAGACACAGAGACAGAUGGAGAGAAGGAAAGAGAGAAAGAGCAUGACUCUGAUCACUCCAGCUGCUGUGCUGAUGAUACUGAUCCAAACAGACCGGAUCCACUCGAAGGACUGGAUGAAGAGACAAAGAUCUGCUUCCAGAUUACCCAUGAUGCUCUUAAUGCACCACUGCACAUCUUGAGAGCAAUGUAUGAGCUCCAGAUGAAGAGGACAGAUUCUUUCUUCCUUGAGGUGCAGAAGAGGUUUGACGGUGACGCUAUAAAAACCGAUGAGACUAUUCGUACACUGGCACAGAAGUGGCAACCAUCUAAAAGACCUCAUUCUGAGGAAAGAAACACCAAGGCUGUAGAUACUGAUAUUAUCAUUGUGCCCUGUGUGUCUAAACCCACCCGGUGUGAUCGAGCCACAGAAGAAACAAAUGUUGUCACGCAGAAACUCAUCACCAACACAGAGAGUGACCUCCAGCUGAGUUAUGCCAAACAGCGGCGCACCAAAAGCUCAGCUCUGCUGCAUAAAGAGCUGGAUGCUCGCAGUAACAAAGCAGUGCGACAGUACCUUUUCAAAGUGAACGAGGCCAUUGCGAUUCUGUACGCACGUCACGUGUUGGCGACACUGCUGGCCGACUGGCCCUCUGACGCUCCCAUCAGAGAGGAAGACCUGGAGCUGAGUGGAGCUUCUCACAUGGCCUACAUACUGGACAUGCUCAUGCAACUAGAGGAGAGAGCAAUGUGGGAGAAGAUCUUGCAGAAGGUUCUGAGGGGCUGCAGCCAGAGCAUGCUGGGUAAUCUGUCACUGACAGCAUGUCAGUUUAUGGAGGAGCCGGGGAUGGCCGUGCAGGUCCGAGAAUCCAAGCACCCCUACGACAACAACACUAACUUUGAGGAUAAGGUGCACAUCCCUGGAGCGAUCUUCUUGUCUGUGAAGUUCGACUCUCGCUGUCACACAGAGGAAGGAUGUGAUGAGCUCCUUAUGGCCAGCAGUAGUGACUUCCUGCAGGACCUGCACACUUUCAGUGGUUCUCACCAGAAAUGGACCGACUUUGAGAUUCCAGGGGACACCCUCUACUACAGGUUUAUAUCAGAUAUGAGUAACACCGAAUGGGGCUACAAAUUCACUGUGACUGGUGGCCAUCGAGGGCGCUUCCAGACUGUCUUCAGUCUUGUAAUGACCUCACGCUUUGAUUGUUGUGUGUAUAAACACAGGGCUUGUGACCUCACACUUCUGCGGCCACUGUGGCAGCUCUUCACUACUAUGGAAAGUGGUUUGAUUCAGGACCCCACCAGCAUCACGGUCCUCCUUCCUCUCCAUCGCGCUCUCACUGAGCUCUUUUUCAUCGCUGAAGUCAAGGCUAUGGAGCAGGACGUUCUGCAGGAGUAUCUUCUUGCUCUCACUACCAAUGAACAGCUAGUAGUGCGCACUGCUCAGGCGCUGAAGAACAUCGCCGCCAUCAGCCUGGCCAUUAAUUAUCCAAAUAAAUCCACUAAGCUGCUCAACCUGUCCCCCUGAAAGAAGGAUGAAAGAGAGAUGGAGAUGAGAGAAGGGAAGCUUGCCAGAGGCCCAUGGGAACGGCCUUCUGCGCUCGACGGCUGUGGCAGGAGUGGGCCACAUAUCGUCUUCCAGAAAAACCCACCCCUUUGCUGUUAACUCAUAAAGUGGGGGGCACAGUGAUCUCGCGCCUCUUCAUAAUCGCUGUUUCUCAUCUCGUUUGAUAAAGGUUCCUCUUGAAAUGAAGGCGUUUUAUUUUUAUUUUUUCACCUUGUGCAUUUUACCUCUGCUUUAACCAUGAGGGUUUAGUGGGCUGUGCCAAAUUUGUUUCUUACCUAUAAGCACAGGUUUCUUUCUCUGUUCCUUCGUUUUCUUUUUCGGAAAAACCACCGUGGGCAAGACAAUCGAUCAAAGUGAAAGCAGGUCACCUUUCCCUUCCUCACACACUCUCUCUGGACAUGUUGCCUAAAAAUACAAAGCUGCCGACGCAGUCUCAUCCUUCAAAGUGGCCCGAGACUACACAUACAACUCACACUAUAUCAAUACCUGUCUGAAACCUUGGGGCCUUCUCUCUCUUCACCCGCAGUGCAGCCUGAUGAGCUGAUGUUUGUUCAGUACUAACAGCUAGCAGUUACACUCGAAAACCACAUGCUUCUAGACAAAUGUCAGCUGAUGUUUGUGAGUAAAUAAAAAAAAUUUAAAAAACUGAGUUUGAUGUGCCAUGUGAGUCCAGAAGGCGCCGUUUGCCUUAAGAGUGCAGCUCAAAGUGAUCUUGCAACUGAUUGUGGGUCAGUUAACAAAGAUAUAUAACGUGUCCUAGUAAGAGGAAUGUCAGUGCUUGUGUCUUACAUUGUCAUGUCCCAGAUUCUAAACUCACUCAUUAUGCUGCAUACCACCAGGAAAUGUAGAGCACUAUGUACAGCAAUAUCACUUUAUUUUGUGCUGCAUGCAACACUGGACUCAACCAUAUUGUCCAUUACUGUUAGUGACAUAUCGGUUGGUGUUUUAUAGAUGUGUUCUCUAAUAUUACUGACGUUCUGAACUGUUUGAUCAGUUCGGUUAGUAGUGGAUGGUCUUAAGGUGCACAACUUGAUAAUCAUAAACUUCAUCCAUCGAAGUGGUUUCCUUCAUAUAUAGCGAUUGAGACUCGCCAGUAUUUUAACUGUGGUGACAUGGAUACGGUUAUGGAAGCUUUGUUGCUUUUAAAAAGUAUAUAUAAUAUUAUUAUUAUCAUUACAGGGACAUUAUUGGAUGAAUCUUGAGUAAAGUGUGUAAUUGGCUAAUUGAGAGAUUUGUUGCUGCUUUGCAGGUCAGGUAAAGGCUGUUCUUAGUUCUAACCAAUGUUUAUCCAAAUCACAGUUUUAUUGUUUUUUUUUGCCCUGUAGCCAAAUGUUUCUCUUUUUUAUGAAAUAUCGUAGUAGUCAUUGAGGAUUGUUUUGUUUUCUUUACAGGGGUAUUCAGGUCUGUGAUGAUUUUUAUUUCAGUUUGAUUUGAUCUUAGUCAGAAAGGAAUUGAAAUAGAGGGUUAUUUAUGCCAAAGAAUCAUUAUUGUAUGAAAGACAAGCAUCUAACGCAAAGAAAUGUAUAUUUAUCGUCCGGAAGGAGGGUCUUAUGUUGGGGUGGUUGGUGGUGGUGUUCUAAUAGAAAGGAAGGUUGAAGUGUUGGGCUCCUGCGA